UAAUCGCAAGGUGUGGCUUAUCUACCUGAUGUCUCGUUAAUCUGGAAUCGCUUGAACGAUUAAAACCUUUGCACUUGAGUAGUUAAAGACAAUGCAAUGUGAGUAACUGUUUACCAGUGAGAUUCAGCUAAAAUGGGAAGCAGAUACUUACAGGAGCAAAUCCCGCUUAAGUAUUUGGAGACGAACCUUGAUUCACAGUUUAGCCAGUCUAGGGAAAGUUUACAGUCAGUUCAGUCCUAUUUGGAGUCUGUAGAUGAACGAAGAGGCUGUUGGGAAAAAUGCCUAACUCGUAUACCGUACGCAACCCUCAUAGCCACAAUAAUGUGCGCCUUAGGGGUGGUGAUUUUCUGCGGAACCAUGUAUCGGGGGUCCACGCUCUCCGUGUUAAUGUUCAGCGAAGUCUUCAGCAUGCAGCUCUUCUGGGUGGACGCUGUGAAGAUGACUUUCGUGCUGAUUGGAGCCUGUAUGGGGGCUUUGGGGCUCAUGAUUCUGGCCGUGGGGUUCCUGGCAACUGGGGCCACCAGGCAUAAAGUGUAUAAAGGAUGGGGGUCCAGAGUAACUGGCAGACUGAGCUGCGCUAUUUUCAUGUGCAUCACGUACAUUCUUCAAAUUGCGUGGCUGCUGAUGUUUUGCUGCUUGGUGAUCGUCACCUUUGUCUUCACAGUGUUUUGGAAAAUGUGUGAAAAUCCCCGAGUGGCGUCCUUGCAGGACUCAAUUGAUUUAACCCAGUUCUAUUUUCUUUUUCCUGCGGGAACUCGCCAGGAGCACAUGAAAGUCGAAGGGGAGAGCAACGUGAAGGCCUUCUGCAAGGACUACGUGGAGAAAGUCACUAUUAUGUUUAUUCUGGCCGCAGUUUCUGCCGUUUUGGUUAUCCUCAGCUUGAUCCACUACUUGAUGUGUUUGGCCGCCAACUAUGCCCACAUCAGGAACCAGGAAAAAUUCCUGCAGUUUCAGGACCUGCAAACGUUACAAGACGCCGAUUUGCUAUCGGCAAAGAAUAGAUUCUAGGAUACUUCCCAGGAAAUUCACAUGCCCGAGUUGAGAUGGAAAAUGUAGAAAACACAUUUUGGCUGCUAUUGAAACUGGUAUGAAAAGGAGUUUUUUGGAACAAGUCCAUUUCAGUGUCGUGUGUUUUUCCUGGGUACUUUAGACCUUAUUUUUAACUGCAGUUUAUCUACUUCGCAAGGCCCUGCGUGAGUUCAGUUUUUGUGCCAAUAGGCAAAGUAUUAUGUCCUGGUUUGAAUGGGCAGCGCUCUAAAAAGAAGGAUUUAAUUGGGAAAACAGGGCCCAAUAUCGUAUUUGACUGCAAAUUGUAGUUUAGGCAGGUUCUCUAAGCCCUUCAAACACUGACUGAAUAAAAUAUUUUCUGAUAAACUUACAAAAAACUGCACAAGGAUUUUUUUGCCCAAAAUGUUUCUGGUAGUAUUUAGAGGGCCGUUAACAGUUUAAAGCGUUAUCUUAGUUAUAAACACAAACCCUGUAGUUGUGUAUUUGUCCGUCCAUUUCUAAUCAUAUAUCAUGACAUUCCCAAUCUAUUCCAAGGCGAUUUCAAUCUGUAAGAGACAUUUCAAGAGACCCAAUUUUUUUAGUUGCAGACUUUUGGUUUUGAUAGUUUGGCCUUUUUAUCUAGUUUAACCACUUUUGCGUUUGUCAGCCUGAAAAAGCCACAAUCUUCUGAAAUGUUUCCCUUAGUCAGCCUAUUUCUGUACAUUUCGCAUUGUACCCUGUAAAUUGCUAUUUAUUUCCCUACUACUUUCAUAAAUAUUUCUCAAGCUGGGGGAUUGAGAUGGAUUUUUCAACUUUCGACGUAGUUAAUAAACUAUUUUAUAUUGUGCAUACAUAAAUACAAAAUAUUUUAUUCAACUAACAGGAAAAGUUGCCACCAUGCAAAAUCCCUCAUCUUUUCAACAGUGUCGGAUGUGUAUAUAAAUUCGUGUUGGGUAGUUUGUAAGCACAAUGCAUUGCUCAUGGGUAUUUACGAGCGUUACUGUAUAUCUCAAGGUACUGGUAUAAGCAAAGUGUUUAGUAACACGAAUGGUAUACUUUUGUAAAUUUUUGAUAAUAAAUUUUUCACCAAAUAAGUGGCAAAGUGAAAUUUCA